AUGUCUCGUCCGCCGCGAGACUUCAUCAUCCUCAGACGCACGGCGGCACUCUCGAGGGACGGCCUCGUGGUGGAAGACGAGACGCCAUACGCUUAUAUCAGCAGCGGGAAGAGCGUGCAAGUGCCCGGGUACCCUCCUUGUCCCAAGAUGGUGAGAGGUGACAAUAAAGUUGGCUGCUGGUUCAUGAAGCAUCUGAACAAGAAGAGUAGCAGUGGGAGUGUGGAGAGGUGCACCACAUUCCAGUGGCUCAUGUGCUGUGACCUCAAAGGUAAAAUACCACAAUUUGUUCUCGACACGGCGUUUGCAACGGUAAUGUUGGAUUAUAUAGUGCACGUGAGGAAGUUCGUCGCUGAGUCCAAAGCUAAGGGUCUCUUUUAA